AUGGAGCACGACAGCGCAGUCGUCCUCGUGGAGAUAGCCUGGGCCAUCACAGGAGUCCAGGUGUGCAGCUUGGAGGUGGGCCAAAAGACUGCAGUCGAGGAGUUCCAGAAGGCCAUGGAAGACGCGAGCGCCCCUGCUCCGGUGCUGCAGUUCGUCAUUGAAGGCUCCGGCACGGACCCAUGCAGCCCUUCCAAUCCCGAAGCAGGCCAUGGCGAUGCGAAACGGAAGCUGCUCAACUUGAUCGAUUGGCUUGCGCUGGAAGAGCACCGCCUCGACCGGCUUCUGGAUCUGCUAAAGCUCCUCCAAGGAUCAAUGCGUAGUGAGGGCGGUGCAAGCUUCUGCCGAUUGCUGGCCUAUCGCCCGGUGGUCACCUUGCCAUCGAUCCUCGAGUUUCUCGGUUGGCUUCGUUUGGUGGGCCAAACUGAACGUGAAACCUUUCAGGCGCCCAUUGCCCGCUUGGCUCGCUGCAUUCUGGCAGUAGACCGCGAGGGGCAUGGUGUGAACCAGCUCUACAACGGGCGCACAGAGCGCACAGAGUUGCACUCCACGUUGCACUCCACGUUGCACACUGCAGCCAUUCUGGGCGAAGUUGGGAUCUGCAAGGCGAUCUUGGAUCACCCGAAAUUCAGCAGGGCUGAUGACGUGGAGCAUUCGCCGCUGCCGGACCCACAUUAUACCCGUAUGUUGGACAUCUGGCAGUCCAAGUAUCACCGCAGUCAGAAAUACUGGCAGGAAGCUUACAUACAUGGACAGGCGUGUGGCUGCACUGCCUUGCAUGCGGCCGUCCUUGAGGGCAAGUUUGACGUUUGUUCCUUGCUCCUUCAAUCUCCUCGCUUCGCGGCUGUGGCCCAGCCCAAUGCGAAUGGGCAGACCGCAUUGCACAUGGCAUUGAACUUUCCGGGACCGAAGUAUCGGAAUCUCGUUUACGAGCUUCUUCAGGACGGCCGCUCGGAUGUCAACGCACGCGCGUCAGAUGGAUGGAGUAUUGUCCACUUAGCUGCUGACCAUUGCUGCGAGUCUGAUGGCUGUGAUUGCGACUGGUGUCGCAAAGACUUGUUCAAGGAGCUCCUUCGAGAUGCUCGCGUGGAUGUCAAUGCAGUGACCAAAGAUGGCUCGACAGCUCUGCACCUGGCUGCAGACUCUUCGAACCCAGUUGCCAUCGAAAAGCUUCUAGGCGCCGUGCGACUGAAUGAUCCUGUGGACGUCAAUGCCAGGGAUUCGGGUGGUCGGACAGCUCUCUACCGAGCCGUGGCAUCUUCGAAUAUGACCGUCGUGGACCAGCUCCUGGAUGACACGCGGGUGGAUGUCAACGUAGUUGACCAACGUGGUUGGACAGCCCUUCAUGCAGCUGUGAAAUCCGGGAGCCCAGAGGCUAUCACAAAGCUUCUAGAUGCUGUGCGGGACGUCAACGCCAGGAUCCCACAUGUUGGAACCGCUCUUCACAUUGCCGUGAUUCACCGGAGCUUCGAUGCCAUCGCCCAACUUCUAGCUCAUGAGCGGGUGGAUGCGAACGCGCGGGGGCGCGAUGGCUUCACAGCCCUUCAACUAGCUGUGGACUAUAGGCGCGAGGAGGCCAUCGACAAGUUUCUAGGUGCCGUGCGCCUCCAUGACCCUCUUGACGUCAAUGCCACCGAUCCAGACGGUCACACAGCUCUUCACCUGGCCGUGCAACGAUGCUGCUUUGUCGAAAAGCUCCUGGAUGAUGAGCGGGUGGAUGUCAACGCAAGGACCGCUGAUGGUCAGACAGCACUAGACCUAGCACUGAGUUUCUGCCCAUCUGAGUGCAGCGUGCGCGUUGUCGAGGCACUAGUGGCAGAUGGCCGCAUCGGUCUUUGUGCUCAAGGUGGGCAGACAUCUCUUCACCGUGCUGUGGGGGCUUUGAGCACCAAGGCCAUCGAAAAGUGCUUAAGUGACAAGCAGUUGGAUGUGAACGCAAGGACCGAAGAUGGUGAAACAGCACUUGACCUGGCACUGCGCUUCCGCCCAGAUUAUCGCAGACGAGUUGGAGUAGUUUGGCAAUUUGACCAGAUCAUCAUGGCCCUUGCGGAGCGCACAUGUGGCGUGGUGCUUGAUAGGGGACAGAUCCCGGCACUUUCCGGGGCGAGGCGUCGCAUGUACAGAGAAGAAGAAGAAGGAGAAGGACCCGAGCCUGUGAACUUCAAGGAGGUACGGAAGGCGAGCUUCCAGCCGCGCUCCUUUCGGAAGGAGCCCCACGUCGGCGGCACACGAAGAGUGCCCUGGACCUCCAGGAGGCGACCUCGGAUGGGCAUCGCCAUGUCGAAGCUGCUCCAGACGCAGCUGUGCGAGGAAGGCCUUUCGCAAGAUGGGCAACUCCUGUGA